UCCUGCCUGCUGACUAGAAGCUGCAAUGGAGUCCAAAAUGACUGAGCCAUUGCUGGAGAAUGAACUGGCUUCAUUGCCCAAAUCCCAGCAUCGCCCUGAGGUGCCGUCAACAACAAUCACUCUCGGGACAGCUGCUCUACCCGUCAGGGACCACUUUCUCUGGUCACUUUUUAACUUUGCUUACUGCAAUUUCUGUUGCCUUGGUUUCCUGGCUUUGGUCUUCUCUGUUAAGGCCAGAGACCAGAAAGCCUUGGGAGAUAUUUACAGCGCAAACCAUUAUGGUUCCACAUCCAAAGCACUGAAUCUGGCAGCCACAAUUCUGUCUGUCCUCAUGUUUGUGAUUGUUUUUGGGCUGCUGGUUGCUGGGGUGAUCAACAUCCACCCUAAAUGAGGACUGGGAUUGUCAGUCAGUGAUGACCCACCAAGCGGGUCAAUGAGAAGUAGUUCUGGGCUUCCCUUCUGCAUGUGUUUGGAUGGUGGAAUUUCUGCUCAGCUACUGACUUCAGUUCCAAAUGACUUAUCUACACUGUCAUCUGGAGAUGCUGUAUGAAAUGCAUUGUCCUUUUACAAUAAAGUGUUCAAGUUGUGUUCUGGGGUUGUCUCCAGCUGUAGGAA